GGCUCUACCCCGCUUUCUGUCAUUCCGUUCACGACUACCAAACGGUUUCCACGCCCGCUGCAAAGCAUUGCUUGACUCUCGGUGUUAGGCGCAUUUCAAUAAUAAAAAAUAUACAUAUAUUGCUCGACUCUCGAGUGUCCACCACCAAGUCUGCUUUCAAAAUCAACAGGCUGUAUCCCGUUGUAGUGUGACACAGAAUUUAAUAAAAAUAAAAGUUUCUUCAUCCUGUUGCUUCAUCAUUUUGCCCUUCGAGGAAAUUUAUUUCAAAUUCACUCAAACGUGAUUUUCGGGAAAAUUUCUUGGGAAUAAUUUCGUCGAAAAAAAGCGAAUUUGAGGAAUUGAAAUUGAGAGUGUGAAUAGAACCCGAAAAAAAGGAUUGAAGGAUCACAAUGUCUGCAGAUGCAAAGGGAAUGAAGCAAAUUGUCGGUGUGGCUGACAUCACAGACAAUCGCAAUAUUUGGAGGAUUUUGAUUGCUGAAUUUCUUGGAACUUUCCUCCUUGUCUCAAUUGGUAUUGGCAGUACAACAGGAUGGGCUGAUUACUCACCAUCAAUGCCACAAAUUGCCUUCACUUUCGGUCUAGUGGUCGCCACACUUGCACAGGCUUUUGGGCAUGUGAGUGGAUGUCAUGUAAAUCCCGCCGUGACUUGUGGACUUGUCGUCACUGGAGACGUGAGCAUCCUCAAGGGAAUUUUCUACAUUGCUUGCCAAUGCAUUGGAGCUAUUGCCGGUGCUGCUCUCAUUAAGGUGGGCACACCACCAGCGUAUGUGGGUAUGCUGGGCAAUACGACACUUCAUGCGGACUUGACACCGGCUCAGGGUGUCCUCAUUGAAGCCCUCAUCACAUUCAUCCUUGUCUUUGUUGUGCACGGUGUGAGUGAUCCACGACGAUCGGACAACAAGAAUGCUGUUCCCCUCUCGGUGGGACUCUCCAUCACAGCUGGUCAUUUGGCUGCUAUCAAAUUCACAGGAGCAAGUAUGAAUCCAGCUCGUUCUUUCGGUCCAGCCGUUGUUAUGGGCUUCUGGGAGAAUCACUGGGUCUACUGGGUGGGUCCCAUUCUCGGUGGCAUCAUUGCUGGGCUUGUCUAUCGUUUCAUCUUCAAAGUGAAAAAGGGUGAUGGGGAAGCUUCUUCCUAUGACUUUUAGAUUUGUCUCGCAUUAAGAUAAUUUCUUUUUCAAAUUAUUUUUUUUUAUAAAUACAAAACAUUUCGUCUCUGAUUAAGUUAUUUUUUGAGAGGAAUUCGGUUUUGUCAUAUACAAAAUUCUCACUUUUAAUUAUUGCGAAAAACCAAAAAGAAAAGCGAAAAUUGGAGACCGGAAAAUAAAAUCUCCGCUAUUGUAAGAAUAAUAAUGUUAUAAGGCAGUAAUUAGGAUAUUUUAUUGUAAAUAUUUUGCGAAAUUCUUUGGGCAAAUUCUCAAAAAAAUCUUCUUUCUUUUUAUUCGAAUAAAUUUAUAAAAUGAGGUGAGAGGAAUUUUUCAGGAAAAUUAUUUAAAAAAAAAUGUUUCAAAAAUGAAUUAUUUUUUAAAAGAAACUUUUUACUCCAUAAAUCUUUCAAAAAUCAUUUUAUUAAUUUGGCAAAAAGGGAAAGGUAGACAUUAGAAUUUGCACAAAAUAAAAGUGAAUGCAAGCAGAGGAAGAUUCAGCAAGAAACUUUCUAAUUACCGCUAUUGUGACAACCACUUAAUUCAUACACAUUUACUUCCAAUUUCACUUGCAAUUAAGUACCUUUGGUUGAGAAAUUAUUCUCGUUUUUCUGUUUAAUUUUAAUUUUUGUGUGUUUACUUGACACAAAUUUCAAAUUUUUAUCGUUUUUUGUGGAUUAAAUUAUCAUCUUUUCAUUUGAAAAAAAAAAAAACUUUUCUUUGUUGUAAAUACAUCUUUUCAUACCUUUACUCAUAAUAUUAUUACCUUAAUUUGUAAGUAAAUUAAUGUUUAGAGAUGUUGCUGUAUAGAAUUAAAAAAAAAAAUUACCUUCAUUUUGGUUGACUGUCUUCACAAUGUGACUCUCUGCAAACUCCCCAGGAGAGUUAAAUCGACGUUUUUAUAAAAUUAAUCUCUUUGGCAGAUGAAUGAAAAAAACCACUUCUGGUAAACAAACUUCUUACCCAUUUUAGUAGAGUCCGCGAUAGUAGGAAAAAAACUAUAAGAUAAGCCGCAAUAUAAUAAAUUAUAAGGCACUGCAGUAGAGGAGGAAGUAGAGAGAGAGAGAGCGAAAGAAGUAGAAUCAGAAUGAAUCGCAUUUGAAUCUUUUUCGUCUUAAAAUUUUUUUCUUCUUCUCCAUUAAUGUAUAUUGAAAAAAAAAAAAGAACUCAACUAACCACUUUUUAUUUUUUAAGCUAUAUAAUGUUGUGCAAAAUAAAAAAAGAAAUGUAUAAUAAAAUAUUUUGUAUGUAGUUCUCAA